AUGGUUUCCAAAUCCUUUAUUUUGGUUUCUCUUGCAUUAGUACUCCUAUGUGGUUGCCUAGCUGAUUUGGUUGAUGACAUUUGCUCCGCGAAUAUUAUUCCUUCUCUAUGUAAUCAGGUUUUGAGGUCCGAUCCUCGUUCCCAAAGGGCAAAAACUCCUCGUGAUUUAGGUCCAAUAGCACUCAAUAUGGCCCUUGAGGGGACCAAAGCAACCCUAAAAGCGGUUCAGUCAGUUGGCAAGGGUCCAAUAGUUGAUACAUGCAUAGAAGUUAUUGAAGAUGCCAUUGACAAUCUAAACGGGUGCCGGCCUCUGCUUGAUGCUACAGACAGAUCUAAAAUAAGCGAUUUACAAACACAUACCUCGACUGCUUUAUCUGAUGUUUCCACCUGUGACGAUAGUUAUGAUGAAGGUGGAGUUAAUGAACCUCCGCAGAUCAGUCAAGCCAGUAAAAGAGCGCAAGUAAUAAUAGAUAUUCUCAUAAACAUUGCAAAUCGUUUGUAG